GGGACCCUGGUGGACCCAAGGGGGGAUCCAAGGGGGGUCCUAGGGGGCAAAGGGGCCCCCAACCAGGGGCCAAUUGGAGCGUGUCACUAUAAAUAGUGCCUGACUUGGUGGCGCCUAAACUUAUUUCAUUGAUGUGGCGGCAACGGUAGCAGUAUGCGGCCGGCUUCUGGGAUAGCCACUACAUUGGUAUCAGUGACAAUCCUGCUGCAAAUCACUGGGAUCACCUCAUCAAACAAGGACAAAAAACGGGGAGCCUCCAGUUUCACCCACGUCUAUCACGGUGACACCCCAUCGUCACCCCAACGUGACUACUACCACCACCGCUUCAUCCCCACCCACGUGAUCCCCGCCAAGUCGGCACCCCGCUACUUCGGCAGCGGCUACAACACGGUAACCGUUACCAAGGAGGUACCCGUUCCAGUUCCUCAUCCCUACCCGGUUACUCUCGAGAAACACAUCGCAUACCCGAUCCGGAUAGCCGUUCCGGUUCCAAUCGACAGACCGAUACCGGUUCACAUACCCAAACCGUAUCCGGUACACAUCGAUAACCCGGUUCCGUUCCCGGUGAAAGUACCGGUUAAAGUACCCGUUGCUCAUCCGGUACCCGUUCCAGUUCCUACGCCGGUAGCGGUUCCAGUCUACGUGAAAGCGUCGCCUAUACUAUCACCUCAUGGACAUUAUAACUAUGGUUAUGAGCCAUAUUAUGACCACUUCGAUCAUGAUCCUAGUUAUAAGAGAGAGAGUGGCGAGAAGAGUAAGGAAAGUGAGAAUACUAGUGAAAUAAAAGGUUAGAAUUAGGUA